AGCGGCUAGAGGCUGGUGGAGAAAAAAAAUAGCAGAGGCAGGUUCAGUGGGCUGGGAUCCAAGUGGGUGGUUUUUUGCGCUCAAUCGCUUCAGAGGUGGGUUAGUAACCGCCCGUGGAAAUUUCGACUAGAGGAUUGAACCUUCUGUGCCAUCAUUUCUUUGUUCUUCUGCGCGUGCCCAGCUGCUGCAGCUCUUCCUGCGCCCCGACAUCAUCGACGGUUAUCCCAGCAGCAUCUGCGUCUGUCGCCCAUAUCUCUAGACCUGGCAGCGCUCUUCAUACGACCCCCAGCAUGUCUCAACCGCUGCCGUCAAUGCCUCCGGGCGCUGUUGCCGUCGACGCGAGCUCUUCUUCCACCUGGGACAGGAUAUCCUCGUGGGUUUCAGAGAACAAGGCCGUCGUCUACACCAUUGCCGGCGUGGCCGUUGUCGUCACAGGUGCUGGAGUUGUCUAUUAUCUGAAUUCCGAUUCGAAGUCCGAUGCAUCACCAAAGCUCAGCAAGAAAGAGAGGAGGAAGCGCAAGGAAGCCGAGCGCAAGGCCGCCGACACAAAGGCCUCACAGCCCAAAGCCACCGUCGAGACCGAAUCCGAGCUACCGGAAGUCGACGAGGCUUCUGUCCUGCAGCUGACCUCCGAGGUUCGAGAGCAGUACGCCGCCCGUCUGAAGCAGGCCGGUAACAAGGCAUACGGAGACAAGGCGUACAACAAGGCCAUCGAGCUCUAUUCCCAGGCUAUUCUCUGCAAGCCGGAUGCCGUCUUCUACUCUAACCGAGCUGCUUGUUAUAGCGCCAUGAGCGAGUGGGAAAAGGUCGUCGAGGACACCACGGCUGCCAUCACCAUGGACCCUGAUUACGUCAAGGCUAUUAACCGUCGCGCCACUGCCUACGAGCACCUGAAGAUGUACUCAGAGGCGCUGCUCGACUUCACUGCCUCUUGCAUCAUCGACAACUUCAAGAGCGAGGCGACUGCCCAGGCCGUCGAGAGGCUGCUCAAGGUCUUCGCCGAGCACAAGGCCAAGGAGGUCAUGGCAUCCAGACCAGCCAAGCUUCCUAGCCCCAUCUUCGUCGGCAACUACCUUCAGAGCUUCCGACAGAAGCCUCGCCCCGCUGCUCUUGACGACUCAGUCGAACUUCCCGUCGACACCGGUCUCGGACAGCUGCAGCUCGGCUUCCAGGGACUGGAACAGAAGACUGCCGAAGGAUACGAGGAGGCCAGGCAAGCGUUCGAGAAGGCCAUAGAGCUGGGCGAUCUCGGCGAGCAUGAAGCUCUCGCUUACAACCUGCGGGGUACUAUGCGCACCCUGCUCGGCAACCACGCCGAAGCCACCCAGGACUUUGACAGGAGCAUCGAGCUCGACCCCACGAUGACCCAGAGCUAUAUCAAGCGAGCUAGCAUCAGCUUGGAGUUGGGCGAGCCUGACAAAGCAGACGCCGAGUUCGCCAAGGCCCUCGAGCAGGACAAUGACGAUCCCGAUGUCUACUACCACCGCGCCCAGGCUCACUUCAUCAAAGGCGAUCUCGCUAGCGCGCAGAAGGACUACCAGAAGUCUAUCGACUUGGACAAGGACUUCAUCUUCUCCCAUAUCCAGCUGGGUGUCACGCAGUACAAGAUGGGCUCCAUUGCCUCAUCCAUGGCCACCUUCCGCCGAUGCAUCAAGAACUUCCCCAAGGUCCCCGACGUCUACAACUACUACGGCGAGCUGUUGCUCGAUCAGGGCAACUUCCCCGAAGCCAUUGAGAAGUUUGACACCGCCAUGGAGAUGGAGAAGCAGUCCAAGCCCAUGUCCAUGAACGUGUUGCCCCUCAUCAACAAGGCUCUGGCUCUCUUCCAGUCAAGCGCAGACUUUAAGGAGGCCGAGAAGUUGUGCCAGAAGGCCCUUAUUAUCGACCCCGAGUGUGACAUUGCUGUUGCUACUAUGGCCCAGCUUUUGCUGCAGCAGAACAAGGUGACAGAGGCGCUCAAGUACUUUGAGCGCGCUGCCGAGCUUGCCCGCACCGAGGGCGAGAUUGUCAACGCUCUUUCAUACGCCGAGGCCACACGAACCCAGGUCAAGGUGACGGAGAAGUACCCCAAGCUGGCAGAAAGGUUAGCAGGCGGCCCAGGCGGCGCUCCCGGUCUGCGUAUGCCUUAGAUUGUCAUUCAACCAUGAUGCCGGGCGAAUAGGUAUACAUCCCCAAUGCCAAGAAAAAAAACACAACAAAAAAAAUCGGAGAGAACAAAGAUAGGAGGAUAGCCCUCGGAUACGCACAUGCACAGAUACAGGCUGUUGCGUGUGACAAGUUAUGAACCUAGCGUGCUCAUGUAACACCGAUGUACAUGGCACAACAUAUUUUAUACUGCCAACUGGAACGAUGUGAGAGUUGGAGGAAACGGUUGGAGUUUUUUUU